GAUUAUAAAUUAAUUAAAAUUAAAUAACGACAAUUUUAUUUUUGCAAUAAAAAAUUAUUUAAUGAGACGAAAAUUAUAAGGUUUAUGGAUGCGGUAGGAGAUCAAAUUGUUCCAUCAGCAAAUUUCUAUGUAAUGCAGUCAACUGACAUUGAUUUUCGGCAUGAACUGAUGAAUCGAUUGAACAAACUGGAUACGGAUGUUGAAUUGGAAAUUCUUCCAAGUCAGCAAGACACAUCGGUAUCACCAUCAUCACAAGCUGUUUAUGGAGGAAGCUACGAUAGCUACGGAAAUGUCAAAGAGUAUUAUUGCGGUGCGAAGAGAGAGCCGUCAUCAUGUUCGACGGAAAAUGAAAUCGAUCCAUUUUUAAGGCCGCCUCUGUGGGAAGAUAUAACGAGUUCGAUACAGAAUAUCGAUCCGGAGAAUGCCAUAAUGCUAAGUGCAUUGACUGGUGCAACACAAGUGAAACUUGAAUCUUCCGAUGAUACAUUUCUAGAGUCUCUCUCGUCUCCUCUGCUUAGUCCGUUAGAGAUUAAGACCGAGAAGGGAUACUAUAACCAUCCUAUUCAUCAGCAUCAGCUGCAGGCCCAUAAUAACAAUAAUAGUAAUAUAAAUAAUAAUAAUGUUAAUAUAAUUCAACUGAGUCAUCUAGGUCAUAAUCAUAUUAGUAAUAAUAAUAAUAAUAAUAACAACAAUAAUAAUAGCAACAACAACAACAAUUCAUAUUCAGUACAAUCACAUUACAACAAUAAUCCACAAGCUCAUCCGAACCAUCAACAGUUAAACGGCUAUCAUCAUCAAGAUUUUAACAUACAUCAUGGACACGUGCCGCAUCAGCAGUAUUCAAACAACUACUAUAAUUGGCAGCAAAACAAUCAUCAUCAUCAUCAUCAUGCAACAGUGCCUGUGAAUCAGCAAGCGCCUGUAUAUGGAAAUAACAAAUAUUCGUCUGCAUCUCAAAGCAAUUUAUGUGCUCCAAUUAGUCGAUUGAUGUAUGUACCGCCCUUGACGCCACCAAGUUCGGAUCCUGGUAGUCCUGGCAACUCCAUUCAAGGUCCCCUAAGACGAACACCACCUCCGCCUUAUCACAUCCAACAACAGCAACAACAUCUCAUGCAAAAUUUAGCUAUAAAUAAUAAUAAUAACAAUCAAUCAUCACCUCAGCUCUCUUCGCAUCAUCUACAUCAUCAACAUAAUCCAAAUCAACAGCCUUCAAAUGCUCCGAGUCUUACAAUCUUAAACAAUGGCAUUUCGAAUGACAACAACAAUAACUUGAGCAGCAUAAAGAGUGAAAAUACAAAUAACAACAGCAAUGUCAAUAGUAACAAUAGGAAUAAUAGUAAUAAUAAGAUAAUUAUAAAGAAAACAUCAACUACAACUAUUACCACAAAUCAUUCAUCAAUAAUAUUAACUAGUUCGGGUGUAAAGACAAUUGUUGGAAAAUAUAAUCGAAGAAAUAAUCCUGAAUUGGAAAAGAGACGCAUUCAUCAUUGUGAUUUUAUGGGUUGUAACAAAGUCUACACAAAAAGCUCUCAUUUGAAAGCACAUCAAAGAAUUCAUACUGGUGAAAAGCCGUAUUCUUGUCAAUGGCCGGAAUGUGAAUGGAGAUUUGCACGAAGCGAUGAAUUAACACGCCAUUAUCGAAAACAUACGGGUGCGAAGCCAUUCAAGUGCGUUGUCUGUGAGCGAUCAUUUGCUAGAAGUGAUCAUUUAGCACUGCACAUGAAACGUCAUCUGCCGAAAAAUAAAUAAGAUCGAAUUAAGAAGGAAAAACUGAUGAGUUAAUAAUAAAGUAUAAAAGAUAAUUUUGUGAAAGAGACACGACACAAGAGUCAAUAAACCUUAAUGAAGAAGAAAAUUCCAUAGCAUAAAAAAAUACAUAUUUAAAUUCCCAUCAUAUUGCCGCGCUUGAAUAUGUGCCCGAAAUAUAAAUUAUCAUAUAAGAGCAGAGACAGCCUACAUAACUGUUUGUAUUACCAAAUGCAUAUCCAAUAAUAUUCCAAUUGAUGUUUAUUUUUAUCAUUCAAUCACAAAUGCAUACCAAAUGAAUCUGUAUUACUGCCUCUGUAAAAAGAAUAAAGAUUUUUUUUAUUAUUAAUAUUAAAAGUUAAAAAAAAAAUUGAGAACUAUAAAGAAGCAUAAAUGCAAAAUGUACACAUCCAAUCAAGUAGUAGUUUCUCUUAAGUAAAUAUAUAAUGAACUGCACAACAGUGGCUAGAGCUACUGCAGCACUAGGAAAGAAAAUUUAAUUUCAUGCGCAUUAUAUUGUUUCAGUUAUGGAGUGCAUUUUUGUUGAGUAUGGAGAGACUUAAUGUGGCUGAUGAAUUUUGAGUGUUGCUUUUGGAUCUGGGCACUUUUGGUGCUUUAUACUGAGAGUUGGGUAAAGGAAAUUGAAUUGAUUGGUCAGCAUAACCAACAAGGUUUAAGGAAGUUUAAAUCUUGAAGAAGGGUUCUGACAAUUAAUAGCUUCUGACCCCUACUUCUGGCUCCACUUCUUGCAUGGAUGAGCUCAAAAAAUAAUUUUUUUCUGCACUUCUGCGAGGGAGUUGGUGACUGCACUGACUUAUACUAAGGGGGUCUAGCGAUUUCUUUCUCAUAUCAUUUGUGACAUCUACACAAAAUAUUCCCAUAAAUUACAGUAAAAAUGCACUUCAUGUCCAGCAUAUAAUGCCAACUCAACCAUCUCACCAAACUCGUUUCCAUAUUAAUUUUUUAAAUGCAGGUAGCAAUAUAUCUUGAAUGUGUCAAUAUUUGUGUUAAAUAAAACUUUUUAUGUUUCUCAUUUGAAUUUUUAAUUUAAAAUAUAAAGAAAAAAAAUUAUUUUGCUCAUGGAAAAUUGAAGAAAAAAUUAUAAAUUAAUGAUGAUGAUGACGACGUUGUUGACGUGUCUUAUUAGAGUAGAUGUACAAGACAUUUUGUGCUUAGAGAAAAAUUUAAUAAGAUAAUGUGUUUUUUGUGUAGGAAAUUGAAAUCACCAAAGAAUUAAAUGUUCAAUCUUAAGAGG